UUUCCUGGAUGAAAUUCCUGCCAGCUCCGAAGGAAGGAGGGAAGGGGAGCGAGCCGCAGCGCCGAAAGUUUCCUUGACUCCUCCUCCGCCUGUGUCUCCCUCCCUUGCCAAGCCCAGCCUGUGAAACUGAAUAACGAAGAUCACUCAACAAUGCCUGCCCCUCUCUGACUGCACCGACCCGCGCUCCCCGCCGCUGCCGCCGACACCCAGCAGAGCCCGCGGGGCGGUCCCCACCGACGGCGCUGCCCGCCGGGCCCGGCCGCGGGCCCCAGAGGCGAGCAGCGGCUGCCACCGCGCCGGUGCGCUCGCCCGUCCGCCCGCCAGGUGCCUCGGCCGCCGGCCGCCGAGAUGCCCAGCCCGACCGGACUCCGGGCGCUGUGGCUUUGCGCCGCGCUGUGCGCCUCCGCGCGCGCCGGCGGCGCCCCCCAGCCCGGCCCGGCGCCCGCCGCCUGCCCGGCUCCCUGCCACUGCCAGGAGGACGGCAUCAUGCUGUCGGCCGACUGCUCUGAGCUCGGGCUCUCCGCCGUGCCCGGGGAUCUGGACCCCCUGACGGCUUACCUAGACCUGAGCAUGAACAACCUCACGGAGCUGCAGCCUGGCCUCUUCCACCACCUGCGCUUCCUGGAGGAGCUGCGGCUCUCAGGGAACCAUCUCUCACACAUCCCAGGACAAGCAUUCUCUGGCCUCUACAGCCUGAAAAUCCUGAUGCUGCAGAACAACCAGCUGGGAGGAAUCCCCGCAGAGGCGCUGUGGGAGCUGCGGAGCCUGCAGUCUCUGCGCCUAGAUGCCAACCUCAUCUCCCUGGUCCCGGAAAGGAGCUUUGAAGGGCUGUCCUCCCUCCGCCACCUGUGGCUGGACGACAACGCACUCACCGAGAUCCCUGUCAGGGCCCUCAACAACCUCCCUGCCCUACAGGCCAUGACCCUGGCCCUCAACCGCAUCAGCCACAUCCCUGACUACGCCUUCCAGAACCUCACCAGCCUUGUGGUGCUGCAUCUUCAUAACAACCGCAUCCAGCAUCUGGGGACCCACAGCUUCGAGGGGCUGCUCAAUCUGGAGACGCUAGACCUGAAUUAUAAUGAGCUGCAGGAGUUUCCUGUCGCCAUCCGGACCCUGGGCAGACUGCAGGAACUGGGGUUCCAUAACAACAACAUCAAGGCCAUCCCAGAAAAGGCCUUCAUGGGGAACCCUGUGCUGCAGACCAUACACUUUUAUGAUAACCCAAUCCAGUUUGUGGGAAGGUCGGCGUUCCAGUACCUGCCUAAACUGCACACGCUAUCUCUGAAUGGUGCCACGGACAUCCAGGAGUUCCCAGAUCUCAAAGGCACCACCAGCCUGGAGAUCCUGACCCUGACCCGCGCAGGCAUCCGGCUGCUCCCACUGGGGAUGUGCCAACAGCUACCCAGGCUCCGAGUCCUGGAAUUGUCUCAUAAUCAAAUCGAGGAGCUGCCCAGCCUGCAUAGGUGUCAGAAGCUGGAGGAAAUUGGCCUUCAGCACAACCGCAUCUGGGAAAUUGGAGCUGACACCUUCAGCCAGCUGAGCUCCCUGAGAGCCCUGGACCUGAGCUGGAAUGCCAUCCGGUCCAUCCACCCUGAGGCCUUCGUGACGCUGCGUUCUCUAGUCAAGCUGGACCUGACAGACAACCAGCUGACCACACUGCCCCUGGCUGGCCUUGGGGGCUUGAUGCAUCUGAAGCUCAAAGGGAACCUGGCUCUGUCUCAGGCCUUCUCCAAGGACAGUUUCCCAAACCUGAGGAUCCUGGAGGUGCCCUAUGCCUACCAGUGCUGUGCCUAUGGUGUCUGUGCCAGCUUCUUCAAGGCCUCUGGGCAGUGGGAGGCUGAGGACUUUCACCUUGAUGAGGAGGAGCCUCCAAAGAGGCCCCUGGGCCUUCUUGCCGGACGUGCUGAGAACCAAUAUGAUCUGGAUCUGGACGAGCUGCAGCUGGAAAUGGAGGACACAAAGCCACACCCCAGCGUCCAGUGUAGCCCCGUUCCAGGCCCCUUCAAGCCCUGCGAGCACCUCUUUGAGAGCUGGGGCAUCCGCCUGGCUGUGUGGGCCAUCGUGCUGCUCUCCGUGCUCUGUAACGGGCUGGUGCUGCUGAGUGUGUUUGCCGGUGGCCCUGGCCCCCUGCCCCCGGUCAAGUUUGUCGUAGGCGCGAUUGCAGGUGCCAACGCCUUGACUGGCAUUUCCUGUGGCCUCCUAGCCUCAGUCGACGCCCUGACCUUUGGCCAGUUCGCCCAGUACGGAGCCCGCUGGGAGAUGGGACUGGGCUGCCAGGCCACAGGCUUCCUGGCAGUACUCGGGUCCGAGGCCUCCGUGCUGCUGCUCACCCUGGCGGCCGUGCAGUGCAGCGUCUCCGUCUCCUGCGUCCGAGCCUACGGGAAGGCUCCCUCCCUGAGCAGUGUUCGAGCAGGGGCCCUGGGCUGCCUGAUGCUGGCCGGGCUGGCCGCGGCCCUGCCCCUCGUCUCAGUGGGAGAAUACGGGGCCUCCCCGCUUUGCCUGCCCUACGCCCCGCCCGAGGGCCAGCCGGCUGCCCUGGGCUUUGCCGUGGCCUUGGUGAUGAUGAACUCCUUCUGCUUCCUGGUAGUGGCCGGUGCCUACAUCAAACUCUACUGUGACCUGCCGAGGGGCGACUUCGAGGCUGUGUGGGACUGCGCCAUGGUGAGACACGUGGCCUGGCUCAUCUUCGCAGAUGGGCUCCUCUACUGCCCUGUGGCCUUCCUCAGCUUUGCCUCCAUGCUGGGCCUCUUCCCCGUCACCCCUGAGGCCGUCAAGUCUGUCCUACUUGUGGUACUACCCCUGCCGGCCUGCCUCAACCCACUGCUCUACCUACUCUUCAACCCCCACUUCCGGGAUGACCUGUGGCGGCUCUGGCCCUGCACGGGGACCUCAGGGCCCCUAGCCUACACUGCUGCCAGCGAGCUGGAGAAGAGCUCCUGCGAUUCUACCCAGGCCCUGGUGGCCUUCUCUGAUGUGGAUCUCAUUCUGGAAACUUCUGAGGCUGGGCGGCCCCCCGGGCUGGAGACCUAUGGCUUCCCCUCGGUAACCCUCAUCUCCUGUCAGCAGCCGGGGGACCCUAGGUUGGAGGGCAGCCAUUUUGCAGAGCCAGAAGGAACCCACUUGGGGAACCCACAACCCUCCAUGGAUGGAGAACUGCUGCUAAGGGCAGAGGGAGCCAUGUCAGCAGGCGGGGGCUUGUCAGUGGGCAGGGCCUUCCAGCCCUCUGCCUCGGCCUUCACCUCACACUUAUAAAUGUCCCUCCUCACCCUUCUCUUCCCAUCUCUUCCCUUCCCUCUCAUCCCACUCCAUGAAUGAUGGCUGCUUGUAAAAUAAAUUCAACCAAAACUCAACAGCGUGAUCCACAGCAGGGACUGGGCCAUGGCUUCCAUUGGUCUCUCUCCCGUGGCCACCACCAGUAUGUGCUUCUUGGCUUGGUUUCCCCAUGGCCUUCCUCUAGACCUCUUCCCUGUCAUGUCUGAAGCUGUGGACCAGAGAUCGGGAAAUUUCUCUGCCUAAGGAAAAUGAGUGACUGGGAUAGAGGGCUGAGCAGGUCAAGGAUCAGGGUACAAUGGGGCAGGGGGACCUCACAGAGAAAGACCUAUUGGGGAACUGCCAAAGGGCACUUGAGCAUCUACCCUGUGACUCAUGGACUACAUACAAAAUGUGUUCUGUGUCUUGUUAAUCUUGAGCUAUGCCAUGCAAAAAGACUCUCUGUUAAAAGAAGUUUUAGAAGAUACUGCACAAUUUGUCCUUUCUUGGAGAGUCACAGUACAUAUUAGUAUAGUAAAGGCUAUGAGAAUUCCUGCAGCAGUAAAAUCCGUUGAACUUUGUUUAACCCAGCUACCCCAGAUUAUUUGACAACAGGUGUUUGUUUGGUUGUUGGUUUUGUGGGAUAUCUAUUAACAUCUCACAGAAUUUAACACUGCUAUUUCCCAGGGCCCUCAUUUCUAUACCACCUAGUGCUACUCAGUGACAUCACAAGAUGCCACAAGUCCUAGAAAACCCCGAUCCUGGGAGUUUCAUCUGGGGUAAAGUUGGUGAUUCCAUCAACCAGAGAAGAUUCUCCACACUCUCUACCUUGCCAUCCCUCUUGCCCUUGGAAAGAUGGUGAAGAGGCUGCCUUUGUGGUUCUAACCUCUACCCCCCGGAAAUGGGGCAGGGAUAAGGGAUCCCAUAUUGGCUCCCACCUCCUUCCUAAGCCCAACCACCAAUGAAACUUCUGCCCUCAGUAAAAGAGAGGGUUCCUGGAUCCUGGCAGGGUAUAUACAGGGAAGUCCAUGGCUGUCUGGCUUCCUCCUGGCUCUAAGUUGCCUUCCUGUGGUUCUCCACCAUAUGACCCUUGCCAACUCCUGCCACAAGCCUAGUUUUUUCUUUGCAUCCUAGGUCCUGCCUUCUCUGUGGGAUGGGGGGGGGGGUCCCUGGCCAGCAAACUGGAGGGAUAUUUGCAUUGUAUGUAUUGUUCAGUAGGAAGCAUUAUAGGAAUCUGGGAUUCCUGGGUGCCCCGAAUAGGCCUGACCCUUCCAUCUCCAGUCAUAACCUUCCUGCCUUAUGGUUCACCAAGUGCCUCUGAGCAUUCCAGAGUGCUCUCCACCCCAAACAUAUACACAUUCAAUCUCAGGAGGAGGAGGUGAGAGCUAGGACAUUCUCAAAGACAUAAAAAGGGAAUCCAAGACUCAGAAAAGGGGCUCUACUAUUAAGACAACUCUGAGAAGGUCCUUGACAGCCUGAAGUUUAGCUUCUGUUUUCUCUCUCUGCUGCCCUCAGGGCCCAGGGGAAAUUCUGACAUGAGUCAGCAAGGUUGACCAGGCUGGGGUAGAGGGAUGAGGCAGAGACGACGAGUGGAACUUGGCAUAUUUCUAAAUCUCAUUUGACCCGCUAAGUUGCCUGGACUCUGACAGGCUCUGAAGCUAAAUGUGCCGAAUUUGUAAUCAUAGAAGGACCUUAGGGUCCUAGCACAAGGUUGACCUCAGAGUAGGCACUCACUAGAUGAGGUGAAUUCAUUUAUCAAUUGGUUGAGAACCCCUGGUCUCCCUUUCUCAGGGCUAAUCAAGACCCUCUCAUGGAAGGAGUUUGCCCUGCUUUGGGUACUGGGAGUUGGUGACUAUUAUGGGGAAAGGAGUUCUCUGAGAUGCCCCAGGGAUGACAGAGUUGGUAUGAUUUCAGGGAGCUUUGACUUCUAGGAAGUCACCCAGUCCCCUCCUCACAGCUACCCCCAACUCCACGUGAUCAUUUUCCACCUUGGAGUCAGGGAGCCAGUGUUGAGUGGAACGUGGAAUGAAGUGGCCAUGUGUUAGAGGUUUAGGAGUGAUGGAACAGUUCCCUACAGGUGGCCUCUUCUGUGAAAAGGGUGCCAGUGUGUUUUGGCUGCAAGCUCUAGGUGGUACCGCUGUCAUCUUAUCAUUUACCCCUAAAGAUCUGGGCAUUUGCCAAGUCUGGCCUUCUGGACAGAGGAGAGGUAUAGGGGAAGGGAGUGGAGGUGUUUGCCAUGAACGAUUUCCAUUAAUCAAAAAGCCUAGUAGAUGUUGUACAUUUACCCAAAAUAAGGUGGUAGUUUCUUUGUUUCUGACUGGCUUUCUAGCAAGUCAGUAUAUUACUCUUUUGGUUAUCCCCAUUAUAAUCAGUAGAUUAUCCAUGUCUUUGAUGAAACACAAAAUCAAAAACCAAAUAAUUCGUGGCAUGUGAAAUCUUCCAAAAUGGUGUCCACGGGGACGAAUCCAUCCAAAGGGCUGUGAUGGCAGAAAUGUUGGGAACUGCUGACCUGGUACGUGCUGCCCAGGCCUCUAUGUGUUGUGCCCUGACAAACAGUGUCAACCACGAUCUCCCCUCAGACCAACUUGUGGAAGAGAAAGUUCUUUAGUGGACCAUUGGUUUGUCAAGCACCUCAGUACCCACCAAGAGGAAAACUCUUUAACUCAGUGCUGAGAUUUGAAGACUAUGGAUGAACAGAGCCUCUAGCUGGGCCUUUUCUUUGCCUCCCUCUCCCCACUUCUUACUCCCCAAACUCCUUCCCAACUUUCCUUUUCCAGAAAGAAUAAAAGGCUUAAGGAUUAGGGAGGAGAAGGAGGAGGAGCUACCAAGAAUGAGUAGGCCGGGAUAAGUGAGGAUGAUGGAAAGUAGCUAGAAUCCUUGAUCCUUUCUGGCACCAUCCCCUCUAACUACCUCUGCUCUGGUGUAGCAAGUUCUCAUACCCACCUAUCCCCUAUAUCACUUCUGGGUUCCAGGCCCGUGCCCUCUCCAGCUGUGGGAAGUGUAAGAAUUGUCAAGAUGUAAAUAUUUGGAUUCUUCUGUAUAAUAAAGCACCAGUGAAGUAU